AUGGCGACCGCCGCCGACAUUGGAGUAGGUGUGGCGAGACUCAGCAAAGCGUGCACUGAGUGUCACUCGCGCAAGGUCAAGUGCGAUGCGCCUAUUGUCGGGAUACCCUGCGGCCGAUGUGUCAGCAAGGGAUGCUCCGAGAGUUGCAAGUUGGUCUCUCGCCAGAUACGAAAGAGGAAGAGAAGAACAGACGAUUUGAUCCAAGACUGCCACGGCACCCAGAAUAACACUGAGUCUACGCCCAGAGAAUCCUCGUCAAUCCAUGCCGUAGAAGAUUUGCCUAGCCUUUCUACUCGAAGUGCGCAGCGGUCUUCCAUUCAACGCUCGCAUGAUCCACAUGGCCUUGGUCAACUUGGGAAGACGAGCUCGAUAGGUUCAGGCCCCACGCCCGAAAACAUAAGAGACGUCUAUGCACUCCCGCAGGCGCAAGCAGAAUAUAAUGGAAGGAGUCAUUAUCUCAGCAUACUAAAGACGGCGAUGAAUGGCAGUGAGACGAGUGAAAGUCCCGGACUCAGGUCUACUACCAACAGCUCCACCAAUAACACUCCACGCUACCCAGAAAACACGCAGGUCGGCAUGACUGGGUUGGAUCCAGUGGAUCUGGAGUUUCUUCUAAAGAAGGGCGCAUUUGUGUUGCCGCACCGGGAUGCCUUAAUGGUAUUUCUAACUGCCUAUUUUCGCUUUGUUCAUCCAUAUUCGCCAGUAUUGGAUCCAAACCACUUCCUGCAAUGUUACGAGUCAGGAUCCUACUCGCCGUUCCUCAUACAGACAGUCCUAACAAGUGCUACUCUCUACGUGCCGACUGAGCUCCUCACCUCGUGUGGAUACUCAAACGUCACAGAGGCGCAGACGGCAUUUUUCAACAAGGCAUUGCUACUACACGACUUUCAAUGCGAGAAGAGUCAACUAUGCCUGCUUCAGGGAUCCCUCAUCCUAGGCACAACUGCCUUCUUCUACCCCAUCGACCGAGAUGUUCAGUACUGGUUCUUCAAUGCCGUCCGGCUUGCCACGAAAUUGGAACUCCAGAAGCUUGAUCAACUACGGAUUGCGGACACUCAGCUUCGCGGGCUAUAUAGGAGAAUUUGGUGGGUGAUCUACUGUCGAGACGUGCUACUGUCAUUCCUUGGCAUGCAAAGUAUGCCUCUGGUCAGCGACAAGAAAAAGCUGCCAGCGUUGCCAACGGCCGAAGAUUGGGAAGUUGAGAGUGGCAACAUAAACACCCUAUUUACUUCCACGGUAACUCGUGAACAAGAGCUUCACUUCAUUGAUUACUGCAAAUUGUCUGUGCUAGGAAGGAAAUGGCUGGUUGGAAUAUCCGACCCAGAUCAGGUCAACGCUGAAACCAUGGCUCACGAGUUUCAUAAUUGGAGAGGUCAGCUUCGAGGAGCAAUCUGCGCAGACCAUCACCUCACCGAUAGCCCCUACCUCACGGCCCUAAUCGCAGCCAGUUACAGGUUCGAGUGUAUCUUGUACAGGACUCUCAAGCUUCAUUGGAAGUUUAUUGAUGUUUCCCGGUACGACUGGGUACGAGGUCGACUUCGAUGCUCUAUGUUCGAGCUUGACACGCUGUUCGGCAGAGCUCUUGCAAAUGGCGAACUUAGGAGCCUGCCCAUGUCGUUGUGCGUCUCCCCAACGAAGAGUCCCAACAUCGAGAAUGAACGACUAACGAUUGACCCUGGAAGCAAUUCCAACAUACCAAUAGCACUGGCCCUCCACAUAGAGACCGCCUUGGAUGCCACCGAGUCGAGCGCAACCAAGUCCAUGUCGCUCAUCUACAUUCGUCAAGGAUUGAUCAUUCUCGAACAGCUUCAGGACUCACCAGUCAUGAAGAGGGUAUUGUCCAUCUUUGAGUGGGCGUUAACUCGGUUGGAUUUAAUCCCCGAGGUUUCUCAGGACAAGCAACUCAGUGGCGGUGUUCGUGCUGGCAGUGACCAGGACGGGUCUGUGGACCAGGUGGGAACCUCGACGGGUCAGGAAUUUGGAGAAAUGCUCGAUCAGAUGGAGCCGUGGUUUGGUGAUUUCCUCGGGCUUGACUUCCUUGAUAAUUUGAGAUCGAGCGGCGACAGAGGAUAA